UAUUUGUUGGAAUAUUAUUCAAGUAUUCACUGUGUCUACUGGAUUAUAUUAUACUAACAAGAUUUGUCACCCUGCGUGGCUGUGAACGUGUUUAAAGAUAUUGAGAAUUGAUAUCUCUGUGUUUUGGACCUUUGACAAUAUCCUUUUCGCAUGAGGAUUAAUAACAUAGCCAGUGUUAUAGAUAGACUAUAGAUUUAGUGAUAGGUUUAAGAAAACCUCAUUAGCGGGCAUAAAGAAUUCUAUUGUAUUAACUUAUAGAAAGAAGACACUACUUUGUUAUCAUUUAUAUAGAAAUAGCUGAAGUGCUUGAUACUUAAGAAAACCACUGACCUAUUGACAUUGCAGUUUAAGGUGCACGGGAAAAAUUGAUUGAAAAAUUCCUAAACUUAAGAAGUGUUCAUUCAUAAAAACAGAAUUUCGUUAUUUAAGAACUUUACUUGUGACAGUUAAGCGCGAUGGAUCGUCUUAUCGUGCUCGUGUGUUGUGUGGUUACGUGUUUUGUGCCGGUUACCCGUGCUUCAUGGUGGUAUCUUGGCGUCCUGGGUACUUCCGGCGGUCUGUCUCGAGAGCAGCGUCAGAUCAGCGACCCAGUGCAGGAGUGCGACAACUCGCCGUAUCUGGAGCCCCGCCAGCGCGCCCUCUGUCAGAAGGAGACUCGUCUGAUCAACGUGGUGGGAGCCGGGGCUUCUAUGGGCAUCGAGGAGUGCAAGCACCAGUUCCAGGGGCGCCGCUGGAACUGCACCACCUUCAACAACACUGACGUCUUCGGAAACGUCAUCAAUAUCCAAAGCCGCGAGACCGCCUACAUCUACGCCAUCUCGUCCGCGGGGGUCAUGUACAGCGUCACCCGUGCAUGCGCACAGGGCUCUUUGGAAGGAUGCGGCUGUGACGACAGCGUGCGCUCCGAGAGCACCGAGGGACAGUUCGAGUGGGGCGGCUGCUCCGAGAACCUCAAGUACGGCUCCAAGUUCGCGUCCGAUUUCGUGGACAACAAGGACAAGGAGAUGGACUCGUUCGCCCUCAUGAACCUUUGGAACAACAAAGCUGGCAGACUGGUGACGCGCAAGGAGGUUGACCUAGUCUGCAAGUGUCACGGAGUCUCCGGCUCCUGCUCCGUGAAGAUCUGCUGGCGAAAGAUGCGUCCCUUCCGGUCAGUCGGCAGCGUCCUCAAGGAGAAGUUCGACGGCGCCUCGCUCAUGAAAGUCCACCGCCGUAAGAACAAGCUUCGCCCCGUCAGCAAGAACAUGAAGCGCCCAUCCAAGCAAGAUCUCGUCUACCUCGAGAACUCCCCCGAUUUCUGCGAGCCCAAUCCGAAGAAGGGGUCACUCGGUACACGCGGCCGCCAGUGUGACAAGGACAGCUACGGUCUAGAUGGGUGUAAUCUCAUGUGUUGCGGCCGGGGGUACUAUACCGUGGUUAAGGAAUUCACUGAAGAUUGUGACUGUAAAUUCUUUUGGUGUUGUCGGGUAGUUUGUAAUAAAUGUACUUUCACCAAGGAACUUAAUUACUGCAACUGAGCAGACGACAAUGUGUGACGUCACAAUAUUAAACAGUGAAUUACCCAUAAUUCCGUUGUGUCGAAGAAAAACCGUCGGUGGCAGGAACGCUGUGUUGAUCUGGCCCAUGGCGCAACAAUACACAGAAAAUGACAGUUAAUGUAGCGGGUAGUUUAACCCAAUUACACCCAAUGUGCUUCUUAAUACCAAAUAGACAGGGACUAUUUUAUAGUGCUUUCUUCCAUUUGUGAUAUUCUAGUUUGUGGAAAAAGUAACUAUAGGCAGCUUUGAAGCUUAAACUGUCCACAGAGACAGUUAUUGACGUGACAUAAAAUUCUGCAAUGUUACCUUGAUAUAAAUAAAUGUGAAGCAUUUAUAAAUAUUUGUCAUAGUGUUUUAUAUGUGAUCAUUUGUCAACAAUAUUGUUAUAUGUAUAGUAUUUUAUUGUUGAAAUUGUUCCCAAAAUUAUUUGCUUUAACUUCCAAAAGAAUGAAUGAGUAACGGCUGUACUCGUUUGAAAUGGCCCAGCUUAAUAAGUUCGUGUGUGAAAUAGCCCUAAAUUAGUUUAGAAACGUGUUAUUCUAGAGCAAUAAUUAUUUGAGGGGUGCACCACAAUUGAUGGCCAUUUGGAAUACUUGAAGGAAAAUUGCUGGUUGAAACACUAUUAAUUCCACAAAUGGCAGUUAAAAAUAGGUAUUAGUGCUAUAUAACUACACAGUAACAUGAUUAUUGUAUAUGAAGUUUUGAAAAAAAAGACCGAACUUGAAAUUAAUGCUUUUUGAGUAUAAUAUAAUUUCCUUAUCACGGUAAUUCACCACUAUUUCACAAAAUAAAUUGUACAUCAAAAUAACAAUAGCGGUUUACUUACAAGAACUUUGUAAAUCUAUUAUAUAGUUGUUAUGUAUAUUUAUUAUAUAGACAUGUCACUUUAGGUUGUGUGUAAUUGCAAAUUACUUUGACCUAACGAUAUUAUUUUGGUUAAAGAGUACAUUUGCUGUAAAUUGUAUAGCAACUUUUCAACACCUAUGUUCCAUUUCUAGCAAAGGUGUGCUUUACAAAUUAAGCCGUACAGCAACUGAAUUCAACAAUAUCUGACGUGUUAAAUUUGUUUUGAGAACAAAUACAAUUAAUUCUUAAACAGCUGUAAAAAUAGGCGCAUUCUCUCUGACACUUUAGUGAUACCGGCACCCACAAAAAAGAAGUCUUCCGGCUAAGAAUUCCACCUGUUAACUUGAGGGCAUUUCAGGUGAAAACAUUCAUUACUGACUUUUUAAUUAUUGUGUCAAACCUACAUGCCAAUUUCCUCCUCCCAAUUAUUACUGGAUAUAUAAAUAUGCUCGAACAUUUUGGAAAACAGUUCGAGAUAUUUUUUACACUCCGCGUCUUUAUUUAAGUUUUUAUAUGACUGUCUGAGAAACUUAAUGCAACAUGUCACUUCUUAGACUAAAUAGUAUUUCAAUAAUUAAGUGUUUUAUGUCAAACUAGUUAAAGCUUUUCUUUAUUUGCUUGACAGUUGGCAGUUCGUUGUUGAAAUGCGCAUUUUUAUUAUCUUUGUACAUAGUUCAUAUGUCUGUAUUCUUUGUUAAAUGUUAUAAAUAUUGUGAAAUGUAAUUAUUUAUCAUUAAAAUUUAAGAACGAUGCAAAUAAAGAAGAAAACUUCA